GGAGGAGCGGGGCGGGAAGGGGAGGAUGCUGCGGCCGCCGCGGGGCGAGGCGGCGGCAGCGGCGGCAGGAGUGUCGGUACUUGGCGGCGUAGAGGAUGCGGCGGCGGUGGUGUCGGCAGCAGCAGGCGGAGGAGCGGGGAGCGAUGCGGUGCUGCGCGGCGGGGCCGUGGCCGCACAGCGCCCUCACCACGCUCCUGCUGACAGCUUUUUUGCUAAGCUCUGCUGAUGGCAAUAAUGGAACUGUUAACUGGACGACUAAGCGAGCCCACAGUUAUGUUAUCAGCAGAAUAAAGGCUGUUCAGAAGAAUGUGUACACAAUUCUGUCUAAGGUGCACUCUGAUCGGAAUGUAUACCCUUCUGCUGGAGUUCUGUUUGUUCAUGUUUUGGAGAGAGAAUACUUUAAGGGGGAAUUUCCUCCAUACCCAAAGCCUGGUGAAAUAAGUAAUGAUCCUAUAACAUUUAACACCAAUUUAAUGGGUUACCCUGACAGACCUGGAUGGCUGCGCUACAUACAAAGGACACCAUACAGUGAUGGAGUGCUGUAUGGCUCACCCACUGUGGAAAACGUGGGCAAGCCAACCAUCAUUGAGAUCACUGCAUAUAACAGGCGUACCUUUGAAACAGCAAGACACAAUUUGAUCAUUAAUAUAAUGUCAGCAGAAGAUUUUCCUUUACCAUAUCAAGCGGAGUUCUUCAUAAGGAAUAUGAAUGUAGAAGAAAUGCUGGCAAGUGAAGUUCUUGGUGACUUCCUCGGAGCAGUGAAAAAUGUAUGGCAGCCAGAACGCUUGAAUGCUAUAAACAUAACUUCAGCCCUUGACAGGGGAGGGAGAGUUCCACUUCCCAUUAAUGACAUGAAAGAGGGUGUGUAUGUGAUGGUGGGGGCAGAUGUUCCUUUCUCUUCGUGUUUACGAGAAGUGGAAAACCCACAAAAUCAGCUGAGGUGCAGUCAAGAAAUGGAGCCUGUAAUAACCUGUGAUAAAAAAUUUCGUACUCAAUUCCAUAUUGACUGGUGUAAAAUCUCUCUGGUUGACAAUACAAAGCAAGUUUCCACCUUUCAGGAAGUGAUUCGUGGAGAGGGAAUAUUACCUGAUGGUGGAGAAUACAAGCCCCCUUCUGAUACGCUGAAAAGCAGAGACUAUUACUCGGAUUUCCUAAUUACACUGGCAGUGCCCUCGGCAAUAGCACUGGUGCUUUUUCUAAUACUUGCUUAUAUCAUGUGCUGCCGACGGGAAGGAGUGGAAAAGAGAAACAUGCAAACACCAGACAUCCAGCUGGUGCACCACAGCGCUAUACAGAAAUCGACCAAAGAGCUUCGGGACAUGUCCAAGAACAGGGAGAUGGCGUGGCCGCUCUCCACGCUGCCCGUGUUCCACCCGGUGACGGGCGAGCUGGUCCCGCCGCUGCACGCCGACACCUACGACAACACCAGCAUGCCCCUCAUGCAGACACAGCAGAACCUGCCACAUCAGACUCAGAUUCCACAGCAGCAGAGUGCAGGUAAAUGGCAUUCCUGAGGAGAGGAAGCUGACAGAAGCCAUCCAUCUGUAAUCACAGGCGGCAGCAGCACACUGACUGUCUCCCUCCUCCUUUGUUCUGGUCGAUGCAUGAGUUCUCUGGUGUCCAUUGUGCAUGCCCACAGUGUUCUGAUGCUGUCAGUGCCAGGGGUACAAUCACCUCCACAUCACUGAUGUACUGUAGCCUUUUGUACUCGGGACAUUUUGGACAAUUUGUAAACAAUGAUGACUUUUUAUAUUUGUUACAUUCAGAAAGUAAUCUUUAAUGUGUAUACACACACAUAUAUACGUCUGUGUAUACAUAUAUAUAUAUGUCUUAUUAAAUAUCAAGCUUUAUUCUGUCUUGUGAUCUCUCCUGAAAGUUUUAACAGGGAAAUCAGAACUUCAGAGAUUCAAGGGAUUUCAGAGUGUUAAUGGGAUGAUGUGAUUGCCUAACAUUUGCACAACAAAAGCAGCAGUAUAAAAGCAUGAAAACUUGUGCAAGGUGAUGAGGCUCAGAAAGAGUGUUGCACAUCUAUUAGGCAGUAAUUUUUAGAGAUUACCAAAUAUAAUGAGCAAAGUUAUUUUUGAAAAAGAAAUAAAGAAUACCCCCCCCCCCCCCCCCGAGAAAAUAACUAAAACUACUCAUGAUAAAAAUUGGAUUUCUGUUCUUUUACCAGAUAAUUAUGCUAUUUCAAAACUUGAAAGCAAUAAAGCAUUUAAAAUCUGUCCAUUCAUUCAUCUGGUUAUGUUAGAAGAAACUGUUGUAGGCAAAAAAUUAAUGUCUGCAAAUAAGCAUGGGUUUAAUUUGGUACAGUAUACCUGGACAAACACUCUUUAAUUUUUUUUUUGUGAUAUUCCCAAUAACCAGACCCAGUGCUGUUUAUUUUUUAUAUCCUCCACAUUUUUUUCUUUUUGGAGCACAAACUGUUGUGGGAGAAUUAUGUAUCCAGUAAACCAGGGAUUAUAUUUUCACAUCUUAGAAAGGACUUAACUGAAGGAAUACUGUGCUGGGAGGUGGUUUCUUUGAGAGGCAUCUGUCCAUGCAGCUGAAAGCUGAGUAGUAGAUGGACUUGGCUAAAAGGAUCUGAACUGGGGUUUCCAUGGUUUUCCAUAGACAACUAUAACUCAUCCACUGACACUUUUCACCAGAUUUUAAAUUAAUUUCUGAUGCAAUUUUAAAUCUUCAUCUUUAAGGACAUCACACAGGACUUCAGGGUCUGCAGCUGUAAGAGCUGACACCAAGAGUUCUUGGGGUUUUACCUCAAAGCAUGGUAUUUUUUUAAGCUGACACUUACACUUUGUUUUUUUUUUCUGUAAUAUUUUCUCUUUCAGAAGCUGUGUGCUCAUCAGGACAUUGCAUUGUAAGCAGAAAACUGCGUCUGCUUUAAAAUUGCUAAGUGCUGGCUACAUUUCCUUAGCUGAGGUUCCUGAAGUCUCUGCUAAGAGAAAUUUGAGUAAUUUUGGAAUUUAAGACUGAGGAUAAAAGGAAUCUGUAAAAUGAGGUCAUUUUGUAAAAAGACCAAAAUAGUUGCUCUUGUUUUUGUGGGUUUUGGUUUGUUUUGUGGUUUUCUUUUCUCUUUUUACAGUUAUGACCCAGUUCUGUCAAAACACAGAACCUUAAUUUACAUUAAUUUUUAAGCAUCAGUGAUGUGUUUGUAGGCUCAGACCUGACUGCAGGAUCUCAGCAGAUAGAACAAGUCCUGAGCAGCUUUUUAGACUGAUUUUGAGCACCAACUACGGUAACUAUGGCAGCACAGUACAUAAGCAGUGCUCAGUACGUGGUUCCUACUUGUACAGUGUCAAAGCUUCAGUCUCAGCUGGCAAAGCUGCUCUGCACUCUCAGCACAGCCCACAGGCCGUGGCAGCACAUCCUGCCGGUGGUUGUUAGGCCAGGAGAGAUAGCUCAAGAUACAGGCAUUCAAGCUGAGAAACUAAAGGCAGUUGCUGAAACAGUGGAAUAAAGAGCCAUUCCUACUCACUUUCCAAGUGGCAUCCAUCAUGCCUUCCUACCUCAUCCCAAAGAUGUCAGGGAAGAGACGUCACUACUCACUCGGCCUCCUCAGAGACAGCCCCUCUUCCUUCCAGGAGCUUGGCUGGUUAUCGGUGCAGAGUGAAUCACAAAGCUGCACCUGAGGUCUAUAGUAAAUUAAACAUUUUCACCUCUUACCCGAGCUGUAAAAAAAAUCAAGUACAAUCAGCAUUUGGAUGCUAUUAGUUUAUACUACUAUUUUCAAAUGUAUCAGCGGUCAGUGUUUUGAAACCAAAAUGAAUGGAAUGGAUUUUAAAUAAUUUUUAAUGCAACGUAAGAUUAAACUUUGUAAAUAGUUCUGGGUGUGGAUCAUAGUAAUUUCUGUAACUCCAGGAUGACAUGACAAUCAAUGGAUCUACCAGUAGAGCUGCUCCCACCUUAUUUGUAUUAAUGUAACAGUGCCAAUAUAUUUAAGGAAAUAAACUGUUACAUAUAUGCAUAAAAAUCAGUUUGUAGCAGUGGAGGCUCCAGCUAUUUUGGAAAGAAACUAAUUAUGUAAGUCACUCGGAUAUUAAGAAUAUCUGAACUAUUUUAUGAUUGAAAUCUUCAUUUAUCUGAGGUAAGUUUAAUAACAAAUUAUUUAUUUUUACUUAUUAAAACAAUUACUUUGAAAGCAUAGAUUUAUAAAGCUGGUUGAAGACACUUAAUGGCUAAAGAAUUAGUAAUAAUUAAGACAGUAAAUUCACAGCCUCUUAACAUUAUAUGAUGGCAAUAUGAAUUGAUAUUGUAUUAAGUUGAAACCAAAUUAAACAGAAAGCCCUGCACAUCUCUUUGUACAUACAUGAAAUGUAUAAUCUAAUAAAAUGGAAAACACAAAAGUA